UUAGUAUGCUCGCCGAUGCGAACCAAAACAGUUAUUUUAUUACUUCAUUCCGUUUCGUUUGUCUUUGGAAUAAUCUGCAUGUCGUUGGCUUCUCCAGCGUAUCUGUCAGGCACACACUGGUUCCUCUUCGUCGUGACAAUCAGUUUCAUUGGCACGCUCAUCUGGACGUUUGUUUACCUGCUGGGUAUUCGCGAAGCACUAAAUCUUCACAUUGACUGGCUACUAUCGGAACUGGUAAAUACAGGAAUCUGCACUGUUUUGUACGCGAUUGCGUUCAUCGUUCAAUUGGCUGUGUGGACACCAGCUUAUCCAAGAUACCGGGCUGUUAACUUAGCAGCAGGCUGUUUUGGAUUGUUCAACACGUUGGUGUACGGUUUCGGCGCCUAUCUCCUCUACAUCGAAUGGAAAAGCACGCGGACGCCGCAAUAAUAAUCCAGCAACCACAAAAACCGCAAACAUCAAUUGGAAUUUUGAGCGCGACUCAAUUUCAAUGCCGACGCAAUGUGUCAAACCGUGAAACAAUACAAAUACAAAAUAUUUAAAGAUUAAAAUAAGCACCUAGAAAUCACCGUGAUGACUGAAAUCGUUCAAUAUAGUCAUUCAAAAAGUAUCGAAAUAUCAAUAUGUUAUAAAAUAUAAUAAAAUAAAAUUUGUUACAGUUCAAAGUUGAUUUAGUACGUUGCAAAAACACAAAAGGAAACUCUAGUUGUAUUUUAUAUUAUAUUGUAUUGAAUUGUAUUGUUUACAAAGCUAUGUUAAUUUAAUGUUUUCACACCAUGUUUCUAUAAAAUAUUCACAUUGUCGAUUGUUGUGCAGUUUAAAAGAUCACUGUAAACGCGUGUAAUUUAUAUACAGAUUUUGUACUUGUACCCGAGUUAAGAUAAAAAGAGAUUAUUUUAUUAAAUUGUUAAGGCGCAUGGACGUAAACGUAGAGUAACAGCAAGACGUGUACUUUGUGAGUCAUUAGGAAAGGAAGUACGGCUUUAAAUGCAAAAAAAAACGAAGUUAUUAAUAAGUUACAAAAAUACGUUUGAUGUUAUUGCAUAAUCUAAAUAUCCGAUGAAUGAAUCAGAAUAAAAAUAAAUUGAUUUGUACUAAUAAUGGCAAAUUUUUAUGUUUUUAAAUAAAUAAAAGUUUAUAAACA